CUCUCAGUCAAGGGGUGGGUAGAUGUUGCGCAAAAAAUAUUGGUCAGUGAUUUUGCUAUAAGACCGACCUGAGAGAGACAGCAAGGCAUCAGAGCCAUGAUGAAGACUUUGUGUGUUGCUGUUGUUGUGCUGGGUCUCACCUCAGUGUGCCAGCCUGCGCCGCUGGUCUGUGAGAAGCUGCAGAAGAGAGUGGAAAAAUCUCCAGAUUUGUCUGGGAGAUGGCACUGCAUAGCCUUCUCUACUGAGUUCUGUGUGGCUACAACAAUAAUGAAUGCUAUUUAUUGGCCAAGUGUUGCAGUGGACUUUAUCUCUAAGGACACACCGAACAUCUACACUGUCAACACAAAAUUUAAAAUGUAUGGUUACUGCCGCAACGAAUCAACAUCAGACAGGCAAUCUGGCUAUAAGAACAACACCGUAUUUGAUGUUGACAGCAAUGAUGCUCCAACUAGUAAACCAAUGGUGCUGCUGCAGAGUGGCUGUCCUGACUGCAUCGUUCUAAAGGAGGAUGUUAAUGCUGUUAACGCUGUUAUGCUCUUCAGUAGGAGACAGAAUGUCUCUGCUGCUGAGCUGAAGGAGUUUGCGAUACAGGCAGAGUGCCUCGGCUUGACCAAUCCGCAGGUCCUAAACACAGAUCACGACUACCAGAACUGCUUAAGAGAGGAUGAUAUCUCUAAUGCUUAUAUGAACGAAGUCAUGUUGAAAGGGCUUGAAAGGUUGAAAACCAAAGUUCUAGAUAUCAUGAAAUGUAUACCUCCACAGUUCCGUUUUUGAAUGUUUUGAGCUUGAGGGAAAGGUUGACUUCAAACCUCUGAAUGAAUGCUACUUUUGAUUACUGAAUUGGAUUAAAAAAAAAAUAUAUAUAUAUAUAUGCUAUUAGUUGUGAUUCACAAUAAAACAUGGUGUUUUGUGUUU